AUGUUACAAAGGCACAAAAGAAAACUUAUGAUCGAGGAGAUCAGGACUAUGACCGCCCCGCUGGGUCACAUGGACCUCCUAGAGUCUAUAGAGGUGUUUAAGGAUGCUCUGGUCAGGGCAGAGGAUGCGAUAGUGUGCAUUACAUUCACUGCUAGGUGGUGCGGGCCGUGGAAAAUGAUAAAGCCAGACGUCCUGCGUUUAGCCCAUGUUUACAAGGAAGUGCGGUUCUAUGAGAUAGAUAUGGACGACAACGAGGACAUCGCAAUAGUACGGGGAGUAACAGUCGCGCCCACCUUUCAGUUCUACAAAAUGGGGACUAUGGUGGCGGAGUUUUCGGAGCCAAAUAAGCUUAAACUGUCGGAGACCUUGAGAAGAGUUCGGAGGAUUAACAUUACUCCUGAGCCGUAUAACAUUUGA